ACAAAAAUUCCCAGAAGCGCCCCCAAGAAUUCCAUCUCUCUCUCUCUCUCUCUCUCUCUUAUUUUUAUUUUUUAUCUGUGAUCUUUUUGAAAUCUCUCAUGGCCAAAACUUCAGAUCCUCUGGUGGUUGGGAGAGUAAUUGGAGAUGUAAUUGAUUAUUUCAGCCCAAGUGUGAAAAUGACAGUCUCUUAUUGCUCAAACAAGCAGGUAUAUAAUGGCCAUGAACUUUUCCCUUCUGCUGUAAAACUGAAACCUAAGGUUGAGGUCCAGGGAGGUGAUAUGAGAUCCUUCUUCACUCUGAUCAUGACAGACCCAGAUGUGCCUGGUCCAAGUGAUCCGUAUCUGAGGGAGCACUUGCAUUGGGUAGUGACAGACAUCCCAGGAACAACAGAUGCCACAUUUGGAAGAGAAGUGGUGAGCUACGAGAUGCCGAGGCCAAACAUAGGGAUUCAUAGGUUUGUGUUUCUGCUGUUCAAGCAACAAAGAAGGCAAGCAAUAGUGAGCACACCAAGCUCAAGAGAAAAGUUUAACACAAGAAAAUUUGCAGAAGAAAAUGGGCUAGGCCUGCCUGUGGCAGCUGUGUUCUUUAAUGCUCAGAGGGAAACAGCUGCAAGGAGACGCUAGCUGAUCAGGAAAGGUAGUCAGAAAAAUAAAAAUAAAAAUAAAAUAAAUAAACAGCAAUUGCAAUAGUGGAGCCCCUAGCUGCAUGAUCUGCAGUACCUCCUCCAACUUAUCAAUUAAUAUUAUUAUUAUUACAGUAGGACGUAGGUUUAUGAAAUCAUAUGUCAAGUGUAUUUGGAUCUUAAUUUUAGCUUAGAAUAAGGUUAGGGAUCAUGUUGGUUUUUUUACCACCUUUGACUCCCUCCCUCACAUAAAUAUUAUAUUAGUGUCUUCUUCUUCUGCUAAUAAUAAAAGCGAAGCUUUGUUAUUUACG